AUGUCAUUGUACGUUAACGAAAGUGUCGGUGUGGACGAAACUACGGCUUGUGGAAGUCAGGAAAAGCCAUAUGCAACACCAGCUUUUGCGCUGUUUGCAUACCAGGGUCAACAAGGCCAGGAUGCUGCUGAACCCAAACUGUUUGUGUUUAAGAGUGAGGAAAAUGAGUACCAGGAAAUCUCUGCAUCUGCAUUGAAGAAAGCGCGUAAGGGUUGUAGUGGUUUGAUCAAAAAGGCCGUUAAGCAGAAAGAAGAGCAGGCCAGGAAAGAGCAGCAGGAUGCUGACAAUGCAGCUAAACAGAUGGCUGCUUUGAACAUCAAGAUCGAAGAGGAUAAAUCUUUACCUGCGGCUAAGAAAUUCAAGGUUGGCCAGUCCUAUGAGCAUGUUGGCGAGAGAGUCAAACUUUCUGGUUGGAUUCACAGACUACGUUCUAACAAGAAGGUUGUCUUUGUGGUUUUGAGAGACGGUACUGGAUUCAUCCAGUGUGUUUUGGCUGGCGAUCUGGCUGUUGCACAACAGACUGUGGAUUUGACUUUGGAAUCUAGUGUUGUGCUGUAUGGUACAGUGACCAAGGUUCCCGAGGGUAAGAGUGCUCCAGGUGAUGUUGAAUUGGUCGUUGACUACUACGAGAUCGUUGGCUUGGCUCCUUCUGGUGAGGAGGCCUUCACCAACAAGAUUGCAGAAGGUGCUGACCCUUCGCUAUUAUUGGACCAACGUCACCUAACUUUGAGAGGUGAGACCAUUUCCGCUGUUAUGAAAGUUCGUGCAGCUCUACUGAAAUCUAUUAGACGUGUUUACGAUGAAGAAAAUAUAACGGAAGUGACUCCACCAUGCAUGGUGCAAACCCAAGUCGAAGGUGGUUCUACUCUUUUCAAGCUGGACUACUACGGUGAAGAAGCCUUUUUGACCCAGAGUUCACAAUUGUAUUUGGAGACCUGUUUGGCUGCUCUAGGUGACGUUUACACCAUCCAGGAAUCCUUCCGUGCUGAGAAGUCCCACACUAGAAGGCAUUUGUCUGAGUACACUCAUAUUGAAGCAGAAUUAUGUUUCUUGAGCUUUGAUGAACUUUUGGACCACAUCGAAAGAUUGGUGAUCAAUUCUGUGCAAUACGUUUUGGAGGAUCCAGUCUCUGGUCCUUUAGUCAAGCAAUUGAACCCCAAAUUCCAAGCUCCAAAGGGUCCUUUCUUGAGACUGGAUUACAAGGAUGCUAUUCAAUGGUUAAAUGAUCAUGAUGUCAAGAAUGAAGACGGUGAACCGUUUAAAUUUGGUGACGAUAUCGCCGAAGCUGCUGAGAGAAAGAUGACUGACACCAUCGGUGUUCCAAUCUUCUUGAUCAGAUUUCCGGUCGAGAUCAAAUCUUUCUACAUGCAACGUUGUAAGGAUGAUCCCCGUGUCACCGAGUCUGUCGAUGUUCUAAUGCCAAAUGUCGGUGAAAUCACCGGUGGUUCCAUGAGAAUUAAGGACACCGAAGAACUAAUGGAAGGCUUCAAACGUGAAGGCAUUGAUCCAAAGGCCUACUACUGGUUCGUCGACCAAAGAAAAUACGGUACCUGUCCUCACGGUGGUUACGGUAUCGGUACCGAGCGUAUUCUUGCCUGGUUAUGUGACAGAUUCACAGUCAGAGACUGCUCCUUGUACCCACGUUUCUCCGGUAGAUGUAAACCAUAA